AUGUCCACACCUCUCCGGCGAGACCUCCCUAUUGAGGAGGCCCGUGCCGAACUCAGGCGCCACUUCACCAAUUUUCAAGGAGACAAGUAUGCCGAAGGCUGGGCCGAAUUAUGGACCAAAGGUGAUUUUCUGCCCUGGGACCGCAUGGCGCCAUCGCCCGCCCUGGCUGAUACACUGAUCCACCACGUCGAUGUGGUCGGUCAUGCCGUGCUCGACGAGGACGGUCAGACGCGCCGGAAACGGGCGUUAGUCCCUGGUUGUGGCCGGGGCGUCGAUGUCUUGCUGCUGCAGAGUUUCGGCUAUGAUGCUGUCGGACUCGAGUACAGUGAGGGAGCAUUCGUUGCCUGCGAGGAGUACGCCAAGGAGCAUGCCGACGACUAUCCCGUCAGAGACGAGAAAGUGGGCAAGGGAAGUACCAAGUUUGUCAAGGGCGAUUUUUACUCGGAUGAGUGGGUGGAGAGCGCAGGAUUCGGAAAGGAUGCAAAGUUUGAUCUCAUCUAUGACUAUACUGUGAGUACUCUUUUCCCAUUGACGCUUCCUGCCAGGUGA